AUGUCUGAGGGAAAGAAGAUGACGUCAAGCCGCAGGCAUCAUCUCAAGAGUUUAAUGCUGCAAAUCGCUGCUAACUUGCUCGAGCAGGAAGCUGCUGAAAUCAUCGCCACCAAAGAAGCUUACCUUGCAGAGAACUGUGCCGCCCUCGACCUGAGCAGAGACCAGGCAGCUCUGAUGGACGUCUGCAAAAAGCUGCAUCAGGCCAUUGAUAAGAUUGAUGAGGAGAGAUACGACACCCAGGUCAAAGUGGAAAAGGCCGACAAAGAGAUCAAUGAACUGAAGAUGAAGGUCAUCGAGCUGGCUGGAGUGAAGAAACCUGCCCUGAAGAAAGUGCGUAUGAGUGCUGACGCCAUGCUUAAAGCUCUUCUGGGCUCCAAACACACAGUAAACAUGGACCUCAGGGCCAACCUGAAGCAGGUCAAGAAGGAAGUGAAGGAGGAGCCUGCUGAGGUGGUGGGCGACUGGCGCAAGAACAUUGAAGACAAGGCUGACAGGAAGAAGAUGUUUGAGACCUCUUAAAGACUUUC